UAUACAAGUACUUUAAAUAACAGACAUAAUUUUAUCAGCUAAUAAGUGAAAUAUAUAUAAAAAUUAAUUUCAUUUUGACUUUAACCCUUAAGAGGCCACCGCAAGUUGAGUCAAGAACCUGCCGACAGUCUGGCAACGCCAAACAGCAGUGUCAACGGUGCUUUGCAAACAGGCGAUUUUUGUUGUUGUUGUUGCUGCUGCUGGUUGCUGGCCCCUCUGCUUCUCCAGAAGAUAAUCCCACUUCGAUCGGGGCAAACAAAGCCGCCAAGCAAACGCUUUAUUUACGCCAAUCGAAAACAGAAGGCCAGUAGCCACCACCACAUAGCCAGGAGCAACAUCAUCAAAAGGAGACGAGGAGCGAAGACGUAGAACUUUCAAGAAAUUAGACACCUUUGUGCAGCGCAGAUACACUUUCCAAGCAGCCAGCAGCAGGCAGGGCAGGCGGCGGCAGGCUAGGCUAGGAGGCCGCCUAGAGGCUCAGACUGAAGGUCGUCAAAGGGUUGGUCUCCGAGUCCGAGAGACACAAAAAUGCCCACCACCCAGCAGCAGUCACCACCGCAGGGCCAUGUCCUGGGACAAGGACAAGAACAAGGACAUGGCCUAGGAGGCCAGCCAAUAAUGGAACAACAAUUGUCCAAGGCCACCGAUAAAGAGGGCAACAACGAAGCCGAAAUGGGUGGCAACAAUAUACCCAAUCUCUCGACCAUGUCGCUGGACGAACUAAAGCAACUGGACAGAGAUACCGAAUUCUUCGAUGACUUUAUCGAGGAGAUGUCCGUGGUGCAGCAUCUAAACGAGGACAUUGAUUCAAUGAUGAUCCAAGUGGAGAGCAUCUCAAUGGAAAACGAGACCAAGGGCACGCAUUUGGUGGAGCUAAAGCGACGGCUCAGCGAUGAUUACACUGCCUUGAAGACGCUGGGCGAGAAGUGCGACCAGCUGAACAAGAAGUACAUGAAAAAGUCCGAGGAGUAUGAACCGCAGCACAUAAGGGAACUCCUACAGAUAGCCGCCUCCAAUGCCGAUGCCGACUGUGAUCGUCAUGUGGAAAACUUUCUAAAUGGCAAAAUCGAUGUUCAAACGUUUCUCAACACGUAUCAGAGCUCCAAGAAGAUUAGCGCCGAGCGCAAGGCCAAGGAGGAGCGUCUGGGUACCCAGUUGAGUGCUUUGGAAAGGGCAGGGAUCUAGGAAUGUCAGCAUCUCACAUCUACAAGAACAACUCUCCCCCCCUCCAAAACCCGCCACGAGUCGCAAUAUAGAGUCUAAGAGGAUCGAAAAAAGUCAAGAAAUGGAGCAAAUGGAGUCCAGGCAUCGGGCGUUGAUGAUCAUCCCCCUUGGUGAAUGAAAGCGCUAGUUGUAGGCUAAUAUUUAAAAUACUUGUAAAUCGGUAGGGAGCUACACACACACACUUGCAUAUAUAAACCCCCCCUAGAGGGGGAAUCCCCCUGUUCCAAAAUUUUUAAUUACCAAAACCAAUCAUAAUCGCAUGUAUUCCCACUUUUUAGGCUAAACAACAUUAUUGGGGCUUUUAUUUUGUAUUCUCAAGCCCAGCCAAAAUCGUUCAAUUUGUAUUAUGUAUGUUUAAUAAACAUGAUUUGUCUCGGAAA